AGACUGCUUAAAAAGGCAGUAUCUUAAGAAGGGAAAUUUCGGGCAGAGCAACAACAAAUGCUGGCCAUCUGCUACGGAACCUGUCAGUGUGGUACCACGGGAUAAACAUUCUCUGGUGCAAACGUCGCUCUCCCCUUUCCAACAAGCGGUGAACCAGUACUCCCUGCAUCGCGUCUUCUCCACGCUACAAACAGUCAGUAUCGUUUGCACUACAAGGCACUCGCGAAGAAUGAAAUUCUCUGCCGACAUUGGAGCAAUUGUGAAGCCAUUGCUCGUGCUGUUACUUCUUGCCUGGAUCCAGCUGAGCCGAGCGAAGCGUCUCCAUCCAAUAGACCCGGAGAGCCCAGAAGCCUACCAGACGGCUGAGUACGCCGAAAUAACGAUGUCAGAAGACGGUGACGUUGUCAACCGAGUGGCCGAAGUUCGAGUAGCAUUCUGGAAAGAAACGGAUGCUGGAAAAACGUACACACUAGUGUACCUGACGAGGCCGACGGUGUGCACGUAUCCAGUGCGUGAGGAGAUAGAGAGAUGUACCAUGACUGACCAGACGCCAAACAGAAACUGCUUAGCUCUCGUAACGCAGCCUCACAUAGGAAACAAAGGAAAUAUAUGGACUGUGGACCGCUACGAGUGCAGGCCUGCCCAUCGUGUGAAUGACUAUCAAAAGCGGAACGCCGAAUUUUUUGAGCACGCUGAAAACGGAACUACAAGUCGGGCCACUAACAACGUUUCACUCGGACAGCAAGUCAGAUAAGAUGAAAUAAACUUCUGAUGUACAACCUUGAAUGUUGCCUAGUCUUUGUUUGUGGCCUUAGACAGCGCUGUUAUAAUCAAGAAGUUGAAUUGAACUGGUUCGAAAUAAAAGAAACCACCACGUUUCAUCGUAACGUCCAAUUGCAGAAAUAAAUGAUAUGACACGUGGA